AUGGCUCGGGCCCCCGGCGUUAGAGGGCCACUUCUGGUUCUGCUCCUGCAGCUUGUCCUUAUCUGCUCCGCUCAAAGGAUCCAAGGACCUCCUGGCCCUCCCGGACCUGCAGGUGUCCCAGGAAUUGAUGGCGUUGCUGGUGAAAGGGGGGCAGAUGGGGAGGAUGGUCUUCCUGGACCUGAUGGAGAUGCAGGUAAACCCGGCUCUUCAGGAUUACCUGGAAUUCCUGGAAAUGAUGGUUUGACUGGCCCUAUUGGAGAUCCUGGGCCCGAUGGUCCCCUCGGACAGAAAGGUGAACCUGGAAAAUCUGGACCUCGCGGAGCAGCUGGUGUUGGGCCAGAUGGACCCCUCGGACUACCCGGGCCUGGAGGACUUCUGGGUGAAGUGGGAAAAGUUGGAUCAGUUGGGGCCAUGGGUGUGAGAGGGCCACAGGGACCUCGUGGACCAACAGGGGCCAGAGGUGCAGCUGGAAUGCUAGGCAGUGCUGACCUGUGUCCAAACUCUUGUCCGCCUGGGACCCCUGGACAUCCUGGCCUUCCUGGCAUGAAGGGCCACAAAGGUGUCAAAGGCGAAGCAGGAGAACCUGGGAAACAAGGGCACAAGGGUGAGGAGGGAGACCAGGGAAGUCCGGGAGAGGUCGGAACCCAAGGACCAAGGGGUCCUCAGGGUAUUCGUGGAGCCACAGGAAUGAUGGGCACCAAGGGGGAAAUGGGAGCUCGAGGUCUUGAUGGAGAUCCAGGUCCCCAGGGUGUCGCAGGGGCAAUGGGGGAUCGAGGCCAGAGAGGCGUGAUGGGCGAGCUUGGGCCUAAAGGGGGAACGGGUGUUCAAGGGCCGAGAGGAAUCACAGGUCUUCCAGGUCCCAAAGGAGAGGCUGGCUUACCGGGUGUCGAUGGGCGCGAGGGCAUUCCUGGGAUGCCAGGAGCAAAGGGAGGCAUUGGGAAGGCAGGCGUUCCUGGAGAGGUCGGACUUCAGGGGCUUCCUGGUUUGCCUGGUUCACCUGGACCAAAAGGCUUGGCUGGCCCUAAGGGAGACUCUGGUGAAUCAGGCCUUCCUGGAACAAUGGGACCUGCUGGCAAAUCAGGUGAGCGAGGAGACCAGGGAGAGCUGGGACCUGUUGGACCUAUUGGUGAACCUGGAGAUGUAGGAGUGCAAGGCCCCCUGGGUUCAGCUGGGAAGCCAGGUGCCAGGGGACCCAAAGGUGACCCUGGCCUUCCUGGUCUCCCUGGUCCUCCUGGCCUGCCCGGGGUGAAAGGAGAGAGGGGAGAACGCGGAGAACUAGGACCCAAAGGAGAGCAGGGAACACAAGGUGAUGAGGGGAACCCUGGAGACAAAGGGGAUCUUGGUGAGUCAGGAGAAGUUGGACCUAAAGGAGAGGUCGGUAAUCCUGGUGAGCCUGGCAGGAGAGGUCCAGAGGGAAGUCGAGGCCAGCCCGGUAUCGAGGGGCCGCCUGGCACACCUGGACCACGGGGCAUGCAGGGGAACAGGGGUUCACCUGGAGUCAGAGGGUCCCAGGGUCCUGCGGGUAAAGAGCCAAGUGAUCAGCACAUCAGACAAGUUUGCAUGCGAGUCAUGCAAGAACAGCUGGCCCAGUUAGCAGCUAGUUUAAGGAGGCCGGAGUCUGGUGUAGCUGGUUUACCUGGUAAACCUGGACUUCCAGGGCCUCCUGGGAAUCCAGGAGAUAAUGGCUUCCCUGGGCAGGCUGGAGCAAGAGGCCUCCCUGGACUCAAAGGCCCACCAGGACCUAUUGGAGUGAAAGGACCCAAAGGUGAAUUGGGAGACAGAGGUUCCAGAGGGCCCACUGUGCGUGGACCUAAAGGUCAGCCAGGAGCCCCCGGACUUCCUGGUGAGCCAGGCAAACCCGGCUACGGUCAGGAUGGUCGCGAUGGGCAGAGGGGUCCUCCUGGCACUCCUGGACAGCCCGGUGUACCUGGGCCUCCCGGUUCAGCUGGACCUAAUGGUUACUGUGACCCGUCAGCCUGCAACCUCCAGGCAGGAGCCGCCCACCAGUCUCUGGAUGUGAAGGGACCCGCAGGGAACUAAGAGCCACUCUGACAGAGACAGAAAGACUGUUGGAUUAGCUCCCCUGAGCACACAACAUUUUUCACACUGUCUUCCAAGGGGCUGCGGUCGGUGCGGUGCCUACGAUCCAUUAACCUCUAGUCUUGUGAGCGUGUUUUGUGCCAGCCGCAUCUCUAUCAGAAGGAGCCAGCCUCUUCAAGUCGUAAAGAAACACAAAACCUUUUUUUGUGCUGCAAAAAUCUAGCUUGUUCUGGUGUGUUUUUCUACCUGAGAGAUGUUUUGAGAUUUUCAGGAUGUUGUGCUCACAUUUCUGAGACAAUAUGAAAUGACCAGAAGUGUUUGUUUAUCCCACUCUCCUUGUACCUCUGCCUCUAUUUUCCUCCAUUCACGCUGUUUUCUGAAAUAAAAGCAUCCGAUUUCCCACAGAACAUUUUAAAAAUAAUCACCCAAAGUAAAUCAGGAUCAGGAUUUCUUUGGUUUGAGUGCCUUUUUCAGUUAUUUUGUUCUGUAUGUGUUACUGUACCAAAGAUAAACCUGGUGAAUCCCCCCUUUCCUAAUAUAAAUCUCUACAUGUCUGACCGUCUUUUCAGCCCUGCAGUUCAAAAUAAAAAGGAGAGAGGAUGAA